AAGGCGCUCCGGGAGGUCUUCGAUAGCAUCGACGUCGACGGCGGCGGCACGCUGGACCUCGAGGAGUUCACGCAGGCCUACCGGAAGCUGCUCUUCGACGACCUGACGGACCGCCAGAUCGCGCUCGUCUUCCGGGACACGGACGUCGACGGCUCCGGCGAGGUCGACUUCGAGGAGUUCGUGGAAGCGAUG